AUGCAUCUCAAAAGUAUGAAAUUACUUGCGUGGAUUGAAGAGGCAAACAUUAAACCUUACUUUGAAUACAGAGACCGUUUGGUCAAAUCGAACAAAUCAGGUGCAUUCAAAGAUGCUCUGGAUGCAAUUGAAGAAUACAUUAAAAACAAUGGAGCGAAAUUUGAUGAUCCUGAUGCAGAAUUUAAUAGGUUACGAGAAAGUUUAGCAGAGAAGAAAGAGUCGAAACCAAAACAAAGAAAGGAGAAACGACCUGCUCAUGAUGACAAUUCAGCAAAGUCACCUAAGAAAGUUCGAACAAAUUCUGUUGAAGCGGAUAAGGAAAGUGUGAGAGCAGAUUCACCAAUUCUGAGUAACCACAGUCCUCGUAAAGGGCCAGCAAGUACUCUACUGGAACGACCAACAACCAUUGUUCGGCCGGAUACACCAUAUUUGGACGUGGAAAGUGUAACUCAGACCCUUAAAGAAAAAAACAUUAUGCCAUCAACCCUUAAGUUUGGGUUCCUUGGUUUGGGCAUAAUGGGUUCGGGAAUUGUGAAGAACCUCUUGAACUCUGGACAUUCUGUCAUUGUUUGGAACCGGUCUCCAGACAAGAAAAUAUAA